AUGUAUAGGCUAGGUCGUAAUGGAAUUGUGCGUUCAGUGGCUCGCCAAUAUCAACUGAGAUCGAUGUUAGUGGACAAAUAUCGUAUGAUGGUUCCCUUAAUCAAUAGAUUAUUACCAUUUAUAGACUUAAGAACGAGAGGAUUUCAUAGUUCUCUAUAUUCAAGACAAUCAGAUAAUCAUGGUAGUAACAACGAUGAUACACACCAUAUUGGAAGUUUUAAAGUUGAGAAACCUCAAUAUAUGCUUGCGUUUACAUGUAAAAAAUGUAAUCAUAGAUCAUCGCAUACAAUCUCAAAACAAGCAUAUCAUCAUGGUACAGUAAUGGUAAAAUGUCCUAAAUGUAAUAAUAGACAUUUAAUUGCAGAUCAUUUAAAAAUUUUUAAUGAUAAUCAUAUUACAAUAGAAGAUAUUAUGAAAGCAAAAGGCGAAACUGUAUCUCAAUCUACUGAUGAUCUUAUAUUUGAUGAUAUUCCAGACUCAUUAAAAAACUUGAUUGGACAUUAUGCUAAGGAUGCACCAAAUGACUUAAAACAAAAAAAAUUGGAUAAUACAAAAAUAAAUCAUUUACCUCCUCCAUCUUCCGAAUCGUCAUCUAAUGAUAACACUAAGUAA